AUGACAAAAAAGAAACCUUCCCCCCAAAAUCGUAUCUGGGAAAAGGAGCGACGUGAACGACUGAACAAAACAUUCGAGGAUCUUCAUCGCCUGCUGCCUGACCAUGAGCCGUCGUCCACGCUUACUAAAGUUGAAAUCCUUCAGCGGGCCAUCGAGCUCAUUGGUAAACUACAAAAAAAGAUUAAGGAUCUGAUGCAGGAGUGUAACGACCCAUUGAAAGAGCAACUGUGCGAGCAGGAGAAGCGCCUCAAGCGACUGUUGGGGAGAAAUGAGGAGCUCACCGAGUUGUUGCGGAAGUCAAAAAUUACCGUUCCACCAUGCAAGUAUACGAUAGCGGAGGAGGAGAGGCAGCAACGGAGCGAGGAGAAAGAAAAUGGAAACCUCGGAAAGAAAUCGGGUGUGAAACGAGCUCGCUCUGGUGUUGCCGCUGCCAAAAAACAACCUGUGAUAAAUGCAAAGCAUCAAGUUUCCCUGUCGAACAAUACAGUGGGAUCGGAUGCGGUAGGUUUAGAUGCCGUGAAGAGUGUAGCGAUUACUUCCAAUGUGGAAACUACUACAUCGAGCAUUCCCGGUUCUGGUGGCAUACAGCCUGCGCCUAGUGCAUCUGCAUUACGGCAUAUAAAUGGAAUCAACAUUGUACCUGGUCAUGGUGUGAAUGUCACACCGGCCCUCCUUUCGACGCCUAUCAUGACGACGAGCGUGUUGAUCUCGAACAACGGGAAUCUGAUGCAGAUGCCGCUAGUUGCCCCACCAUCCUCGCUGCUUAUUGUAGGGAAUGACGAUGUGAGAGCGAAAAUUAAUUUAAAAAAUCGACCCCCAGGCGGAAAGGGCAGAACGAAACGGGGAAAGUUCAUGAUCAAGUCGAUUGAUGUCAUCCCGGGACGGAUAGUGAACGGGAAAAUACCGAUCCCACCGCUAAAACGAAGCACAACGUCUAGUGAAUCAACAAGCCUGAAAGGUUCCAAAAUAAAACCCAAACUAAAGCGCAAAAAGUCGAUCGAUAAGGGGAAAAAGCCGCGCAAGCAGCCGGUAGUUGUGAUGGAGUCUGCUGUGGAGAAAGUGCCGGACGAAAGUGGCCCUAACGAAUGCAAACGGUUACGAAAGGAAGAUGCUCAAAUGGGUAGUGUUGUUGAAGAGUUGCAUGUAGAAGACAGUAAAAAACCACAAGAAGAGGGAAAAGAACCGUUGGUUGCCAUAGUCACGGAACAUUCGGGUUCUUCGAUACCUAUCGUUGGUAAAACCAUUCGCAAGGAGCACGAAACAGUUGACCAAACUGUGAAUGUUUGCAGCGGUGAACCUCAAGGAGCACAUUUGGAUCACAUAAAUAUCGGCCACAGUGACCUGUCGGAUGACAUUUUUGCCAAUCUACAAGUGCCGGGCGAUUCGCACAGCCAUGGAAACCACGAUGAUGGUUCGCUCUCGCCGACAGCGGCAUAUCUGAUGAAUUUCCCAUUAGUCGCUGGCGGUGGCAAGGCCGCUGGAAAUCACAUCGAGGCAGCCGAUGGCGAAGAAUGUGACGAAGGAGCGACAACAGUUACCGAGUUGCAGGCGGUGAAAAAAGAUAACUCAGCGGAAACUGUACUCGCGACUGGCGGCACGGAACCGGGUGGAAGUUUAAUGUUGGAUAAUUUUUCAUCAUUUUUCAAUUACGGCCAAAUGGAAACGAUCUGUGGAAGCGGGCCUCCUGCUGUGCAAGACAUACCGAUCUUGCAGUCGUCGCUGCCGGUUUCGUCGACUUCCAACGUAGCAACGGUUACCACGGUAGCAGCACCUUCGACGAGGGAAAGUGGCUUUUCGAGCUACACUACAAUUUAUCAGUCCAUCGAUAAUAUGCUGGACCAUCGACCGAGUCGAACGUCUAUGGGCGUACCGACGAAGGUUCAGAGCACCUCCGAAUCGGAUUACGGCGCCAGUGUUGCCUUUACCUUCACUCUCACUUCGGGUACAUCGACUGCUCCGAGCACGUCGACUACGAUGGCGUCAAACAAUUUCUUCGGUUCCACCUGUGGCGUCCUUCCCAGUAACCCGGUCAAACCGGUGAUCGAUGAUUUUAGCUCCCCGCUGAAGCCAUCGAUCGAAUUUACCUUCUCGCUCACUAGCAGCACCAGUUCGCAACCGCGCACCGUCCAGUCGCAGUACACCAAUAGCACAAUCCUGGCAGCCACAAUGACCACGCCAUCCUACGAUACGUAUGGGUCGUACUAUCACAAAACUGUGCCGCAAACGGUUAACUAUUGUCCGUCUUUUGGUGUGCUCGAUCCACUGCUGACCACCGAGAAACCGGCCACCAGUUUCACCUUCAGUCUGACAUCGUCUACCAAAACGGAACCAUCGUACACGCAGUCGUCGUUCGCCACGAUUCCGCUGCACACUUCCCAGACAUACGAAACGGGACCAAAGGUUUCCACCAAGCAUCCCGCUGGUCCGGCGGAGGCGGAAUGUUUUUCUUUGAAAAAUACAAAAAUGGACAGAAGUUCUCAACGAUUGCCUUCCGUUGCUGGAACUGCUCCACCGCCCCACAACACAAAUGGAGUGCAGCAACAGCAAACUCCAGCCACAUCACAUUCCCAACAGCAAACCACUUCCUCCACCGUUGCCAUAACUUCACAGCAAAGCUCACAGUCCCGCUAUGAUGUCUCCUGGAUGGCAGCGGGAACACACAACGAUUCGGUAGCGAGCACCACCAUUUCCGCCACCACCACCACCACCACUACCACCAUCCAUCAUCAUUCCCAGCAACAGCAACAACAACCGUAUGAGUUGGCUCCGGCACAAAUUAUUUCCUCGCUCGAUUUUCCACCAACCGGCGGCUACUCGGCCAACUACAAGUCGGACAUCUUCUUCGCCCAUCCUCCGGGUGAGGAGAACAACCUGACCUGGUCCUCACCGAGCAAACUGUCGAACAUACUGAACGAUUCCUCCUCACCGUAUUUCCCGCCUGUGACGCUUCCCAGUUUGAAUGGAGAUUUGGCGCUAAACACUUCGAUCGGUACCGGCACAGGGUCCGGUGUCGGACCCGGAGUCUCCACCGGGCAGAGCUUCAGGAAGAAAGGACACACGCACACAAGCGCUGGAGGAAACUCUGGUCAGGGUAGCGAUGCCACACAGGGCUCCACAUUCCUUUCGGUGAGUCAACUCGUUAACCAACCUUCCAAACCUUCGUACAACGCCACCAGCUGUGGGCAGGCGAACAAACCGCUGAACAAUAACUACUCCGCCGAGGCGUUGAUAGGCAGUAACAACUCGUACAAUUCAAACGCGGUAUCUCUGGUGUCCGCCGGACACGAAACGAUGCGCAAGGAUAAACUGUUCGAUUACGGAUGUAACAUUAUGGAGGGCGGUUUCGGUUCUUCGUCCGUGUCCACGUCCGGUGCGUUAACGUUCAACUUUGACUCGUAUGGAUCCUCGUCCGUCGCGGCGGACUACAACAAGGGAUAUAACUUUGCUAGCCAGCAAAAUGCCUACGUACCACCGACGUUUGGUACGGACGGUGUGGGAUACGGUGCGGUUCCGGGAAGCGCAGGUUGCUCCGGAUCGGCCAGUACUAGUAGCCAGGCCCCUGCACUACCUUACUUUGGGAAAAGCACUUCACAAGGCUACUACCAACAAGCGGCGGGUGGUUCCAAUUCCAAUGCCCCAAACUAUCCUCAUGCGUCAGUUCCGCAAUCGGCAUCGAGUGUCGGGCAAGACUUUACGCCCUACUAUUUGCCUGCGUUCGGGGAGAAACCUACAGCUACCAAUAAACACUACCACACGAUUACGCACUGCACCUCCGGUAACGUUAGUUCUAAUGCGGGCAAGGCGAAGAAAUCCCACAAGGCAGCGGGAUUUGCUUCUUCGACCGUAGAUUAUGCAUUCCCGGCCAUCGUAACCUCUACGGCGGGCUACAGCUAUCAUUCGCUGGCAAGCUCAACAACGUCGGCCACGGUUCCAUCGAGUGCGACCGUCGUUUCGGGAGGUUCGACGCAACAAGCCGAACCUCAUAUGUAUCCCCAUUACAAUCAUCACCAGCAACAAGAGCAACGAUCGCAGAAUCAUCAUCAGUAUGGUGGUGCAACGUCGGAAGGAUCCAGCACCGAAGCGUCCAAUGGGAUACUGCAUAAAAGUUCCUCUGCAGGUUCCUUCAACUACCGUCAGUAUUCUUCCUCCUCGGCCGUUCCGUUUGGUUCGGCUAAAUCGAACAAAACCGCUCACCACGAGAGGAGUCAUCAUUCGGGAUAUCCAUCGGUAGCUGGUGCUAACCAUCAAGCACACUCUCAUUUGGAUGUUUCCUGUCCGCCAGCAACACCUGCCGGCUACGGCACCACCACGAACUAUGGUACCUCAGUGUCCUCCAAUCACGGUCGGCAACCAUACUCAGCACUUUCGAACCAAAAUACUUCCCAACAUCAUCAUCAUCAUCACCAGCACCAACAGCUUCACGAGCAGCCAAAUACAGUUGGAACCACGGCACACAUUGGCGCCGUAAGUGCAACAACCGCGGGGAGUUGUGGGACGAUAACCAACUUUAAUCUGAGCACGAUCUGCCCGGAGAUAAAUGACAAAACCGGACGCUCGAGGGAUGAAUCCAGGGGUUCGGGUGCGCCAACUGUUGCGUCGAUCAUGACGCACUGGUGAGCUGGAGGUUCGAAUUACUUCGAAGUUGUAAAAAGAAUGUGUAUAUAAAAAUGUUACUGUCUACUGUGUAAAUUAUUGCAACGAUCAGUUUCCCCACCUUGAUCGUUAGAUGUAUAGGCCGUUAGAUAAUUUAAAUAAUCGGCAAAGGAACGAAAAAACAAACAGUCGGUAGCUUGGAAAAUACUCUAUUUGUAAUCUACAAUAUGCUGAAUUUAAUAAAUAAAAUCUACCGCCAUAAUGUGAU